CUAUAUAAUACACUAUUUUACUACACACUGCCACAUAUAUUGCGCGAAAUUUACGGUACCACAGUACUACAUCUAAAUCAUUCCCCCCUUACUCCUAGUGUGUGUAUAUCCAAUUUGUAUCUGAUGCCGUCGAGUUUGCAAUGCAACGACCAGGCGCGCCCACUAAAGCGGAAGAAGAAUGGGCGCCUAGCGGAUGACGAUGAAACGACGCGACAAACCAAGCAAACCCGACGCGAUGGCCACAGCGAGGCACACUCCAGCCAACAAGAAGAUAAUUUAUCAGAAACACAAUCUAAGGAACAAAUUGAAGUGCCACAAUGUAGGCCGGAGGGCCCUGAAAACAAGCCCAUAGGAUCUUCGAACACCGUGCCGUCAUUCCCCCUGGAGAGGGAUACUUUUCCUCAAGAAAUCUGGGACCGGAUCGUUCAGUAUUUAGCGGAAAUAUCUGAAAUUAAAUGGUCAUGCGAGUUGCAUGAUAACCUGGACGAUCCGUACCUUGACCUUGAUGGAGAAGAAAGGCGUCUCGUCACAAAGACCCUCCACAGCCUGACACUAACAGGCCGAAUUCUAUAUCGAUCUGCAAUAGAGGCGCUUUAUCGCUCUAUUUGUCUUCGAAGUGCAAAGUCUGCCGCCCUCCUUUUUCGCACCCUUAAGAACGAUACUCUCUUCCGCUACAAUAUUCGCGACUACAUUCGCGAGCUUAUAAUUUUGGGUCCUCUGGCAGAGUACAAGUGCUGCAAAGUGUUGGCAGCUCAAGAAUGGCCCAAUAAAGCAUCUUCAGACUCUACAAUUCACAAAGCCAUUGAGCGAUGGGAGAGCUGGAAAGGCCUGGGGCUUCACCGCAAAGAUAAAGACAGCCUAGAGCCUAUUGUGGCGACCACGAUGAUGGCAGAACUUUUCCGCAUGUCUCCUCAAUUAAAUACUCUUGCUAUUAGGGAUGCCUUCAUCCUACGCCAUCUAGCUUAUGAGUAUCUGGACGUGGCCUUGUCCAGGAUGGACCGGGAAGGAAAAAAGGACAAGGAUGAGAACAAGGCGCAUGUAUUUCCCAAUCUCUCAACAUUUGUACUGUUAGGAGCAAGCGAUGUCAGUCAGGCUGACUGGACGCCAUCGACUAACUGGACGCCAUUGAUUCAGCAACAUUCAAAAUGCGGCAUUAAGAAUUUGCGCCUCAAGCAUAUAGGCCAAUCCAUCAAGGUGCCAUCUUCUGUUAGGCACAUCCAGCUCGACUACGGGGUACAUGAAGAUCUGGGCUUGAGUCAAGUUAAAAAUACUCUCACAUCGUUGGAGAUAUAUUUUGGCGCAGAAAAAAGGGUGAUUCAUAACCAGCCCACAUACCUCAAAGCACUCCCUACUAGUCUUACAAGCCUACGGGUCCAUUCUGGUUAUAUCGCCUCCUAUGCAAGCAUCAGCUUUCUUUUAAAGCCGUCUAUGCUCCCACACCUCUCGAGUCUUGAAGUGCCCAUGGCACUCUUAUUUGAAAAUCCUGGUGUCAUGCAAAGAUUUACAGGGGUUACAGACCUUUUCCCCUCAACUAUUUUAUCGAUGAAAUUACUGGAGGUUUGGCUAGAGAGUUCGCAUUGCUGCGAUAAUUGCGAUGACUAUGGAGACAAAAUGGCCACCUUCCUCCAAAUCGUUACUAGGGACCUGCCACAGUUGAAGUCAUUAGAGUUUCGAGAACAAUGGGAGCACUGGCGCUAUGCUCUCGCAGAUCAAAAGAAGAGGCUCCCAAAAGUUGUGAUAGCUCCGCUGUUUCCCGAAACAUCGAGCGUCCUAUGCCAACGCGCUUCCGUUUAUAUGAAGGAAAGCACACUCACUGCUCUAAGUCUAGUCUCUAAGGCCAUUGCUCUCGAGCCUCGAAACCGCAAGGCCCAAAUACUUCUAGCACAGAUCCAAGCCAAUUUAGGACGCCCAGAAGAAGCCGCCAAGACCAUCGCAUCCAUAGGCUCCCCGGUACACCCACGCGUUACGGAUCCAAUAGAGCGUAUGCUUGCUCAUGUGAAUACAGCCAGGGAGUGUUGGCGUGAGGACCCAAAGAGGGCCAUAUUGGCCCUUAAUAGAGCACUGAAGGAUCAGCGUGAAGACGAUAAGCCCCGUGAAUUGAAACUUAUUAAGGCCAAUGCAUACCUACUUUUACUCCCGAAGGAAGAGCGCCACAGCUCUAACGCAUUGAAUAUCGCUCGUGAACUAAUAAAUAAGAAAAAAAACGAUGUGGAUGCCCUUUUUCUUGCGGGAAAGGCCAGCUGCGAGCUGAGGAAAUACGGUGACGCCGUCAAUUAUUUUCAGGAGGCCAAUUGCUACGACCCUAAGCGAUUAGAUAUAGUUGAAUGGCUCCGUGAUGCAGAAGUUCAGAACGGGGUUGUAUAGUCUGGAUUAUUAAGGAACUGAACUCUUAUAUAUAUUUUAUAGUAUUUGUACACACUAUGCAUAUUCCACCAUGUCACACGAUUGGCAAACACGAUUCACUUCAUCUUUGACUGAGCGUAGUGUAUCAACAUUCUAGCUUGCUUCUAUAGUGUCUAAUUUAUGGCCAACCUUAAACAGGC